AUGGCUGAGAAACCUCGUUCCCGUGAAGAGGCAGAAGACCACAUCAAGCAAAUACGGAGAAAUCGGGGAUUUGUCGAUGAUGGAGAAAAGACCUUCUCAAACGCUAACCGUGAGGACCUCGAGGCAUCUAUUUCGAUCCUCGCCGAAGGGCUCUACGAAAAGUCAACCCACUUUUUAGUGGAACUGAUACAAAAUGCUGAUGACUGUUCAUACGAUGCAUUGACACCCGAAAUGCUGAUCAGCUACUGGAAUGGUCGCCUCCGCCUAGAUUACAAUGAGACAGGAUUCGCUCGGCGCGACGUCGAGGCACUCUGUAGAGUUGGCCGGAGUACAAAGUCCAACUCUGGAAAUCAAAUUGGUGAAAAGGGGAUCGGCUUCAAAUCCGUGUUCAAAAUCGCCGACGUCGUCUCGAUAUCCUCCGGCUACUAUUCAUUCAAGUUCGACAGGACGAAAACAGACCUUGGGAUGAUUACGCCUGUAUGGGACACAUUUCCUGCGGAGCUAAUUCCUGGGUUCACCUCUGUAAUGUUACAGCUACGUGACGGCUGUGACCAGACUGAUUUGCUCAACGAAAUGAGAUCAAUGGACCCCAGAUACUUAUUAUUCCUGAGGAAUUUGAAGCAAAUCUCCAUUACAGCCUCGCCUCCAGAUACCCCAACGUGGUCAAGCAUUCUGUGUCGGAGUGAUAUUCAAACUAGUGAUGAAGCUCGGCGUACGACAACUUUGAGCUGCGAUGAUAAGUCAGUGACUUACUUGGUCCGUCAGCAUAUUGCCAAUUCCCUGCCGUACGAGCAGAAACGCGGCGGGCGCGAGAAGUCCGCUGUUUUGUUGGCAUAUCCGGAAAUCGUUACUCAAGAGACCACUCUCGAGCCACAGCAGGUCUAUGCAUUUCUCCCGAUAUGCGAUUAUGGUUUCACUGCAAGUAUAGGGCACUCAGGUUUUCUCAUUCACGCCGACUUUCUGCUCAUCGCGAAUCGCGAGAACAUCGACAGCUCGUCCCGAUGGAACAACGCACUUCGCGAAGCUAUUCUGGAUGCAUUCUUAGAAGAUGUUCGCCAUUUCCAUGACACGUCGUUUCGAUAUACCUGGCCUCGAUACUUACCGGGAAACAUGUAUACAUUUGACUUCUUCUGGAAGUUCCGCAGCUCACUCACGGACAAGCUUCGUGAAAGUGCUGCCCUCGAAUGUGAAGAUGGACAGCUGAAGACGCCGAACAUGGUCAGAUAUGUACCGAAACAAUUUAGAGACGAUAGCAACAUGCCCAUGGUUUUAAGCGCAACAACGAAAUCAAAAUACUUGUCGCACAAGUACUCGGAGGCCGAUAGCAAGCGUCUUAUGGACAUUGGGGUCACGACGCUGUCUGGAAAAGAGUUUCUUGAGGACCUCAAAGACUUUCUCUCAACCUGCAAUGCUACCAUGCCCGAAGCGUGGCACUCCAAUAUAGCGAGGGUCCUGCUUCCAUUAAUUUCUAAUUUCGAACGAGAAAUAUCCGACCUCCCCCUUAUUCUGUUGAGUGACGGACGCCGGGUGGCAGCAUCCUCAGGCACAAUAUUCUUUCCAGAGAACAGAAUGGAUCAUCCAAUUCCACCAGGGAUUGAGGUAUUUGAGGUUCACCGAGACAUCCAAAACGAUCGCGAUUGUGAACGACUAUACACAAACCUCCGAGUCAAGCCGAUUUCUAUCCCUGCUGUCCAAGAAUUGAUUUUGGAGAAGCACUCACACCAGCUCCCAGAGCCAGCGCCCCCCCGAUCUGAGCUAUCAUCCCAAGCACUCUAUCUCUUCAAGUCAGGGUGGAAGAAACCAACCAACCAGAUUCAGUUUUGGGUCGCCACAAGGACGGGAGCACUACAUCGUUCAUGGGAGGUGUAUGUCGAUACGGAUGAGCAUUACUCGGCAUCUCGAUAUCUGGAUAGAAACAACGGAAUGUUUCCUUUCUUGCACAGGAGCUAUGACAAAGAAAUCGCUUCAGACGAUCUUCCGCUGUGGAGAGCUUGGCUGAACGAACAACUUGGCAUGUGGAAGAUCCCCCGUCUUGUCAAGGAUUCUAGCAACGUCAUCAACCCAGAGCUGUCAGAGGACUUUCGCUAUGUUCUUGACAAGCACCAUUCCCGGCCACUUUUAGUGCUUCUGAAGGAGAAUUGGUCUAUAUACUCUCGGCAUUUCCCCCAAAAUCUGCCUUCAAAUCUGCGAUCUCAGUUGGCAUCAAUUUUCGUCCUUUGUCGUGAUGGCGAACGGCAUAAGUUGGAAACUACAUCUACGGGAUACUUUAUGCCAGAGAAUUUCCGCUCGGAAUACUCCUUCCUUCAACCAGUUCUUGACAUUCCAAACCCGCAGGAUCCCAGAUGGACUUUUCUAAAAGUGUUCGGAGUAACCGUCAAUGAUGAUCUUAACACCUAUCUCGGCAUCCUCAGGAGCAUUCAAGGCCGUGAAGUCUCAGUCGAGUCCGUUCGUUGGCUAUACGAUAAAAUUCAGAGUCGAUGUGAUGAUAAUCCGACCCUUGUGUGUGAUGAGUUCCAGCAGAACAAUCACGUUUACAUACCGAGCUCCUCUACCAAUGCUUGUCCACGUUGGGUCACGCUAAGCAAUUGCGUGUGGAUAGGUCCUGGAUGCCUUACACAGUCCCAUGAGCUCAGCAAAAUCCAUCCAGACCACAGAAUACUCUUUGUAAAAUACCUCAAAGUCAAAGAUGCCGAACUCGAGACUUUGAUAUCGGAAGCCAGGGCAAUCACAUCUUUCACUUCUCUGUCGCAUAUCACUGACAUCUUCAAAGAGCUCAACAGAAUUUUGCCGGACUCGGUAUCUAUGGAAGUUACGAACGCAAUACAGAGUCUUCUCGCUCUCAGAAUCUUUCCGCUUGAUGAAGGAGGUGGCUCCGAUAGAGGCUUUGACGAGCUCUCCUCCGGCAUGAGAGAAUCCGAAUGGUACAUCGCCGAUCAACCGCGCCUUCGGCAGUGCUUUCAGGGCGUAGUAUCUUUACUGGCUUUCAAAGUGGAAGAUGUGCAGGCAAUCAAGCGACUGAUAAGUAUACUGAAUUUACAAAAUAGAGUGCUGUCUGAGGUCGCGAAAGAAAGCCAUAAAAUUCGUGGAGGUAAAGCACCAGGUGAGGAGACUGACAUAUCAUACCGUGGAAAGGCCAAGUUUUUCGACCGCCUGAUGCCUGAGUCCGUACCAAGAAGGCAAGAGAUUCUGCACCGUUUGGAGAAUGUGGAAGUUUGGCACGCGGACAGGAUACUCCUAGGAUGGAGCGUCGAGACAAUCAGUCCUGCAUCGGGCAUUGCCCAUCAAGAAAGCCUGUUCACUGACGAUGGUCUACAAGCGUUGCUUGUUGCCCCAGUAGGAACCAAUGCGCUUAGGAUAUACCUCAGAGAUGGGCAUAAUUUAUCUUGCCCCCCUCUGGAAUUAGCAGAGCAACUAGCUGCCUUCUGCGAGAUUCCGGAGCAUGUGGCGCUGAUAUAUUUUAUUUUGAGCCAAGAGAUGGCCUCUCUUAUCGAGGAUGCUCUCGACCGCCGAGGUGUUGCAAAGACGAGAGGAAAGAAGCCAUUGGGAGAUGAAGUCGCGUCAUAUCCGGCCACAAAAGAUGGAAAUAAAGAUGAGGGAGACGAAAUGAAUGUACAGGUCUCGGUAAACGUGGAAGGACCUCAAGGUUCCGAGACUCCCCGCAGAUUCCAUGAAGUAUGGGUUGGGGGAAAUGAAGAACAGCAGGAAGACGAGAAAGCAACGUUGAAAAUUAUUGCCGAUGACGAGGCCGAGAGCGACUUUGACGAGGAUAAAUCUCCAGGGCAAAGCGAAGAGGAUCUUCUGGAUUUCAACUCUACAGACAAUCUAGCCUCGAACAGGCAACAAACCGGACAGACAGCUUCAACAAAGCUGUCAGUGAAUGCUGAACACAUCGUCUCUCAGUCGAGGCCAACCAGCCCAACACCACCUAAGGGAAGCUCGUCAAGCCGGCCGAAUUAUGUCGCCCUUGAUGAUGCUCCAAGAAUGAGAGAGUAUGUCAGGACUCGAGGACGACACUCAAGACGGAAGCGUAAAUCAAUGCUUACCUCCGAUUCUCGUGAUAUUGAAAGUUUUGAACGCCCAAGAAUUGUCAACUCUACCAUCGUCUUUGUCCCAAACUGCGAGGAAUUGCCCGCGGAAACUUUCUCAAAUCGACCAUCCGAAGGGAUGGUACUUCCUGGAAGAGCGCAAAUUUCCCAGUCAGGAGACUGUACCGUCUUUCUCGCGGUUGAGCCAACUAACAAGAUCGGCAUUUACACUGAAUUUCUUGGAGAGCUUUAUGUUUCCAAACUCCUCGAGAAGUAUCUUGGAAGGAAAUAUGAUCCGUACACCCAAUGGACCAGUCAACACCGCCACUGGGCUGGAUAUGCACCUUUUGAAACAGGGAAGCAGUCUAUGACCACGUUCACAUUUUCCGAUGGAUCAGCAAUGACGGAAUUCCUCAUUCAGUCAGGUUCCGGGUGGAGGAGGAAUGGCAACUACCCUUGUUACCACAUUUUGGUAAAGACUACAAACGGCGGGCAAGAUUCAUCGUUUACGAUGAGUGCAGAAGAGAUGGAAAUGAUCCGUAGGCAUCGAGUCCCCGAGGACAAGCGCCCUUCACAAGUCAUGAUCCUUGCUAGGGUUUUCGAUAUGCAAUCAACCGCUAGUGCAUCGUUCUUCGUAGACCCGUGGAGCAUGUACGCCUCUGGUGGAAUCCAGAUAUAUGCGCAGAAUGACUCCUAUACCGCCAAAAUUCACCUUGCUUCACCCCAUCUCUUAUUCAAACACUUUGAAAUGGGCUUCUUCACCCGUUCAUUCAGAGACUCUUUCCAUUUUUUCACGUCAUAUUUCCGAGAUUCGGGCGAGCUGUGGGCUCGACGAAUGCUCCAGCACGAGGAACGCAAGUACACCUAUAAACCUCUCGAAAAAGGUUCCUUCAUACGCUUGUUGAGGCUUCAUCCAGGACAUGGGAAGGAAGAACUGAAAGGGGAGCUGAAGAGGGUGUCCCUUGAACUAACCAAGUCAAGAUAUCCAUUUACGGCCCUGUCCUACGUCUGGGGCAACAGCUUGAAACCCUUCGUCCUCAGCAUCGGAGAUUACGCCUUAAGGAUUACUGCUUCGCUAUACUUCGCCCUAAAGCGUUUGCGAGAAGAAAAACGGUCCGUCCUAUUAUGGGCGGAUGCUAUCUGCAUCGAUCAGGAGAAUGAUGUAGAGAAAGGUCACCAAGUGCGCUUGAUGUCAAAUAUCUACAAAUCAGCCCUGCGUGUGUGCGCCUGGUUAGGGAAUGAAGCAGACCAGAGCAAUGCUGCGAUAGAUUGCCUCUGUGCAAUCAAAAAAUCAACCGAGCCCUCAAAUCAAGCUGCCACGGUGUGGUUCCCUUCGACGGAAAGUCCGGUGUGGGAGGCUAUAACCAAGUUUUUCGGACGCGAUUGGUUUCGGAGGGUCUGGAUUGUCCAGGAGCUCGUUCUUGCACCGCAUAUCAUCUUGUUGUGCGGCAACCGAAGCUUUCAGUGGGAUGAUAUUUAUGUGCCGGCCACCUUGUGCGCAACAAAAGCAGACAAGUCAAAGCUCGCCCUCAUGAAGUCGGUUUCUAAGACUAUGGCGCCUGUAUUAAGCCUAGGGAAGUUGAGGCGCGCAUAUCGCCGCCAGGUCGCCGACGCUGCCCAGCGAGAGUUGCUCACAUUGUUCGAGGACUUCGAGCACACUGAAUGCUCACGUCGACGCGACAAACUCUUUGCCUUUUUCGGGUUGGCUUGCGAUGCAGAUGAUUCAGGCUUUGAUCCAGACUACGUGGCACCGCUUGAGGCAGUCGUGCGCAGAUAUGCGGAGGUUUUUGUCCGACGUGCGAAAGGCAUGGAGCUCUUAUAUCAUGCAGGUGUCAUUGAUUUGGAAUCUCGUGCCCGUUUUCCCUCGUGGGUGCCGAAUUGGGUGACGACUACGUAUCCCAAAACUAUCACCACUUGGAAGAGCAAAUCCGGGUUCUUUACCGCGGGUUCUCAUCUGGAGAAUGAUAUCAGGGUGUCGCUAAAAAACGGUGCUAUAUUGACCGCCACCGCUUAUUUUGUCGACCGGAUCACCCGGGUAGGGCAGACCUCAUUUGCUGCAGCAGACCGAAUUAGAUACUUAAAAGAGGUCUUCAGCGUCAUCGAAUCCAUCCGCACAUAUCCGACUAAAGGCAACCCGCAAGAUCUGGUUUGGAAAGUCCCCAUCGGAGACGCCCUGCAUCAACCAUCUGGAAGUUGGGACAAAGUUGAUUUCCGCGUCUCUUACCAGGCUUUGGCCGAGUACCUGCAGAUGGGCAACGACAACAACACGGACUGGAAUGCCGAAAUGCUAAAGAUUCCGGCCAUUGCCAAGAUGAAGCAGUUUCUAUUCCGUCCACAGGAAUUGAGGCGGAAGAUGUGGGAUUAUCUCUUUACUGCCCAGGAAUUUGCGGCGAGGUUUGUUGACGCAAAGGUAUGCGUCACUACAAAUGGAUAUGUGGGAAUUGUGCCCGGCGCAGCGCGGGUGGGCAGCCUUGUCACUUUGUUCUCCGGCAGUGCAGUUCCGUUUGUUAUUGACGAGAGCAAGGAAUUUCCCCGGUGUUAUCGGCAUCUUGGGGAGUGCUAUAUUCACGGCAUCAUGCAGGGCGCUGAGAAUCAGGACUCGGGAUUGUUCGACAUCCUCCCCAAGAAAGUUGUCCACCUAUGCUAA